GCCUGAACAAGACCCCCCACAACAACGCCACGAUGGCAAAAUCCUGCACAAUCCAAGUCAGCAAAGAGUCCCGUGAAAAGAUGGCUGUUUUCAGAGAAUCCCUUUUGCAAGAGGGCGAAGAAUUUCUCUGCACGUUUUUGCCCAGGAAGAUACUACAGUUGGAUCAGUUCCUGAAGGAAGGUGCGCUGAAUGUUAAAGAUCUGACCACCCUCCAUGCCCCACUGGAUAUCCCCAUCCCAGACCCCCCUCCCAAAGAUGAUGAGAUGGAGACAGAGAAGGAGAAGGACAAGGAAGCUCCAAAAUGCGGCUACCUGAAAGCCAACGAAGCAAUCAUUUCGCUCUUGGAUCGCGUCAAACCCGAAGUCCGGGAGUUCAAAGAGAAAUGCAUACUGGUGACAACCUGGAUUCAAUACAUGAUUCCCAAAAUCGAGGACGGCAACGAUUUUGGCGUAGCUGUUCAGGAGAAGGUUCUCGAACGGAUCACAGCCCUGAAGACCAAGGCAGAGGCUUUCCAGACCACUAUUGCUAAGUAUUUUUUAGAGCGUGGAGAUGCCGUGGCAAAGGCUUCCAAGGAUACCCAUGUGAUGGAUUACCGGUGUCUCGUUCAUGAGCGGGAUGAGGCCGUGUACAGGGAAAUCCAGACGAUGCUGCUCGAUAUCCGUGGGUUCUAUGCUGAGCUCUACCACAUCUUGAGCAAAAACCUGGAGAAAUUGACCAACCCCAAAGGUGAAGAAAAGCCAUCCAUGUACUGAUUCUGGAAUCUCUGACAACCACCUCUGCCAACUUCUCCUAUCUUCCUUUGUGUGUUUCGCUGUCAUGGGGAGAGCAGAGCAAUUUAGGAGUAAAAAGAAAGGGAUUUGGGUGUGGGGGAGAGUCUAAAAGUAGCUUCACAAACGUCUGUGGCUGAGUAUGAAUAAUGCCUUCAUGUGUUGCCUUUUCUUUCUUACAAAAGUUCUGUGAAAUGGAACAUAAUAAGAGCUGGAGAAAUCCAAGUUUUCA